AUGAGUCAGAGAAAUCUCAGGAAUGUGGGCAAUUUAGCUCUGGUAGAUGAAGCAAUAUUGGAGUGUGUUUUAAAUAAGCUUGCUCCGAGGCUGACUGCGGAAAUUGUGGAGAAAACCAAUAAAAUCGAGGGUAAAAUUGACGGUAUAAAUGAGAGAUUAACGGAUGUCCUCACACAAUUGUCAUCGCUGAAGGAAAAGGUCGACAUCCAUGAACAAAAUAUUGAGAAAAUCAACAGUAAGGUGGAGAAAAUACAGCGCAGUUUCAUAGAAAAUUCAAUAACAAUAGCAGGGAUCGAGGAAGAAAAUGAUGAAAAUUUGCUAUGCAAGGUAAUUUCCUUCUUCAAAGACACUAUGGGUGUCCAGUGCAAUACAAUGGAAGUUAAUAAGGCCUACAGGAUAGGAAAGAAGACUGAAGGCAGGAUAAGAAUUAUAGUUGUGGUUUUUGUUACGCAAUGGAAGAGAAAUAUGGUGUAUGGUGCGCGUACAACGCUUAGAAAAACUAAUUUCUAUAUAAAUGAAAACCUAACUGAAAAAACGUACAAGCUAUUACUAAAAGCUAAGGAAAUUCAUGUUAAGCAAGCAGCAAGUCCAGCAGUGGAAGAAUUUUUGUGAGAGUUGGCAACGCGGUCAGACAGGUUCGAGAAGAAUACGAGCUAUACCAGUAAUAUACCUUUGUCUUUACGUGUUGUUUAUUUGUCUUUUUAAAAUAUAUAUCAUAUGCGUGGAUUGACUCAGGACUGAAAAUUUACGUGAAGUAUGAAUUAUUAUCUAGGGCGACAAUUUCCGUAUGAUAAUGUUGUUUUUUUUUGUAAUUCUUUUAUUUUGAUAAUAUGAAUGACUAUGAUUUGGAGAAUAUUCUCAGAACACGAA